AUGCAGACUCCACAGAAAAUCCAAAGCCUCAGACCCUUCAAGCAGAGGAAGAGCUUAGCAACCAGACAAGAGGAAGUUGCUGGAAUCCGGGCAAAGUUCCCAAACAAGAUCCCGGUGAUAGUGGAACGCUACCCCAGGGAGAAGUUCCUGCCUCCGCUGGACAAGACCAAGUUCCUGGUCCCACAGGAGCUGACCAUGACCCAAUUCCUCAGCGUCAUCCGGAGCCGCCUGGUCCUCGGGGCCACCGAAGCCUUUUAUUUGCUGGUGAACAACAGGAGCCUGGUCAGCAUGAGUGUGACCAUGGCAGAAGUCUACAGGGACCACAAGGACGAGGACGGCUUUGUGUAUAUGACCUACGCCUCCCAGGAGAUGUUUGGCUGCUCGGGGUCAGCUCGGACCCUGCCAUACUCUCCAGAUGAAGAUGCUGAGGUUGAGAAAAAUCAAGUUCUAAAGGCACAGAAGCAAUAA